AUCCUGUUCCAACGUGAACGCGCCCUGCUCUGUUGACGUCAAGGUUGCAGCUGUUCGGUUCGGCGUGAAUGUAAUUUUACAUGAGGAUUCGGCCAUUUCGACGGAACGACCUCGAUGUAACGACGAAAGCGACGGAUUAUUUUUAUUUUUGAAAGCAUAUACAGUUCAGUUUCGGUCAGAUGUGGAACGACGUAUAAAGGAAGACGUUUGUUAGCAUUCACGGCUAAGCUUUUGUCGAUGAGCUAAAACUGUUUUCCGUAUCGUACAACCUUGGAUAGGUGAAAAGCUGAAAAAUGGUAAGACCACACUCAGGAUCUCCUCGUUCCAAACACAGGCCUUUCUCUGACAACAACAGAAGCAUGAAUCACGAAGGGCGAUUUGGCCCCCCUUCAAGAAGCCAGAGAGGUUUCAGAGGACCUCCUGGAAAAGCCCCACCAAGUUGGAGAGAUAACAACAGUACUGGACCACAGUCAUACCCCAAAAGGCCCUCGCUCAUGGGUGAACGCAGAGAGCGACCACACGGACAGUGGAUGCAGAACCAGGAUCACUUCCAUCCUUAUCCCAGCUCACAGGAUUCACAGCGGGGCCGCAGGAGGCCUUCUCCACCCCGCUCAAGCCGCCCUCCCCCAGUCCAGCACAGGCAGUCUCCUCAUGGACCUAUACAUGGACCGCCUAGCCACAGAGCACCACUCUUCCAUGGAAAUCACCCUAGCCACACAUCUCCAUCUCGCCAUUUCCAUGGCCCUCCAUCAGAAAGGCGGGUUCCUUCACCGCAUAAUUCCUUCAGGGGCCCCCAGCGACGCCCAAGCCCUCAGGAGCAUGACAGGAGCUGGUGCCGUGCACCUCGCGACAGGCCCUUGGGCCGACCAGCACUUGGUGGUCACCACUGGAAUGGCCGAGGAGGUUAUUCUCACCCUCCUGGUGGCGAUUCAAGGCUCUCCGGCCCACCCUAUAGAAAACCCAGAGAGUUUCAUGGAAGGAGUUCAUAUCCAGAGAGGUGGUCUGCAGAGAGAGAUCAACGUGGGCCGCAUGGAGAGGUUGGAAGAGAGUCUCGCCGCCCCAGCAUGGAAUGGGCACAUGGAGGAGGGGGAAGUCCACACUCUCGGCCCCCUUACAGAUCACCGGCACGAAGACUAGGCCCACCCCCAUCUGGCUUCUCGCUCAGACCUUAUCCACCUCUGCGACCUCAGGAAAGGCCCAUUGGGCGGCCAUUCAAGAGGAAGAAUGAAGAUUUCAGGCGUCCGCCCUCAUCAAGUGGUUUUGAGCAUGGGCCGCCGCCAAAGCGUUUCCGCAGGGAAUUAUCAGUGAGACCUCUUCCUCAGGGCUUUCGUGGUCGUGGUUUGUCCCUCAAUGAUAAGAGUCGACUGCUAAAAGCACGAAAUUUUAGAGCAGAGUCAGUGGCCCGGUUCAAACUGCCCCCACCAAGAAUCUUGGACAGAGUCCAGAAACCCAAGCCUCAGACAACUCCAAAGAAUGGCAAAGAUUCUUCAGGAGUGCCACCACGCAAGAUACCACUCAAAAAGAUGCCGUCAUCCAGAGAGUCAUCCCCCAACACUGACUCCAAGACCGCAGAGCCUGAGAGGGACUCGGAAACAAAGGUGGAAUCCCGUCGCUCUGUGAGCGCACACAGCUCCUCGCCAAUAGACAGGCGGCUCUCACGUGACCUUGUUGUGGUUUCUCAUUGGGAGGCAGGGCACAAACCCAGUGCUAGUUCUAAGAACAAUGCACCUUGGAGGAAUAAGGCACCCAAGAACAAGUCUGAGGAAUCAGAAUCUCAUGGAAAUUUAACUCUGAAUGAACGCUUCACCAAGCUACAAAGUCCUACAAGUUCUUCACAGGAACAGAAAGAAAGACGGUCUUCUAGAAGUCCAGAAAAAACCCUGAGGAAGCCUGCUUCAUUUCAGAGGCCCAAUUUCCGCUCAACUGUUGGAAUGAAGAGGGGACCAGCUCCUGAUGGAGUUCUUAGGAAACCCUUAAUGGGCACUUUAAUUCCAAGACCACCCUUCAAUCAGAAGCCUGUCUUCAAAAAGAGUCAAAGUAUCAUGUCAAAGUACAAGAACUUGCAGACGUUGCGGCAUAAAGUCCCCCACCAGCGUCAAGCCACUAGCUAUCGUCGAUGGUAAACCAGAAUGAUUGCAUGUGCUGAAGCAAGUCGUCUACUGUAGAGACUCUCCGCGGAGUUCCCCAACCCUCUCACCUUCCCUUAUCUCCUGCUGUACAACUGUUUGGUUUAAUCUCUGUAAAAACGGCAAAGAUCACCAAAGUAUUUUUUUCUUCUUUAGCAUUGUUUUUUGGAGUUGUUUUUCCAUUUUCUUUGGUGUGCUUUAGAGAUGAAGGUAUUUAAUUAUGUGCGAUAGUCCUUUUUAUAGUUUCAAAAACAAAGAUUAGUGUUACAUUUUUGUAAUGUACCUUUGACCUGUACAAAAGCUCUUUGCCAUAAUUUUGUGAAAAUGAUUUGGUUAGAUUUUUUUUUUUCCAUGUAGUUAACUUUAUACAUCGGUGUCUAAAUAGCUGCUUUUUGAAAGUGACUGUUAAAAAAACUUAUCGUGUGAAAUGAUCCAUGUAGAAUGCUUUGAGUAGCUUUCAUUUGAUAAAACCUACCGAAGAGUUUGAGCUCCAUGUGUUGAUAUGACUUCCCUGGAAAGUUUUGUUUGUGUAGCUCAAAAUCCACUUGUAAAUUCUUUAUAAUCAGACACUUUGAAUAAAAAUGGAAUUGUCAGACGUA